AUGCUUUCUGCUAGAACUAUCAGAGCAGUUGCAAGAAAGGCUUUGUCUUACAAUUUAGCUAGGGCCAUCCCAAAGGCCACUAGAUUCGUCACUCCAUUUGCCAGAUCAUAUGCUUCUGCAAAGGCUGCCCCAACUGAGGUUUCUUCUAUUUUGGAAUCCAAGAUUAGAGGUGUUUCAGAGGAGGCUAACUUGGACGAGACUGGUAGAGUUUUGAGUGUUGGUGAUGGUAUUGCCAGAGUUUAUGGUUUGAGGAACUGUCAGGCUGAAGAAUUGGUUGAAUUUGCAUCCGGUGUUAAGGGUAUGGCCCUUAACUUGGAGCCUGGUCAGGUUGGUAUCGUGUUGUUCGGUUCCGACAGAGAGGUCAAGCAGGGUGAAAUCGUCAAGAGAACAGGUAAGAUUGUUGAUGUUCCUGUUGGUCCUGGUAUGUUGGGCAGAGUUGUUGAUGCCUUGGGUAAUCCUAUUGAUGGUAAGGGACCUAUUGAAUCUGUUGAGCGGAGAAGAGCUCAAGUCAAAGCUCCAGGUAUUUUGCCAAGACAGUCUGUCAGUGAACCUGUCCAAACUGGUUUGAAAUCUGUCGAUGCUUUAGUUCCUAUUGGAAGAGGACAGAGAGAGUUGAUUAUUGGUGACAGACAGACCGGUAAGACUGCCGUUGCCUUGGAUGCAAUCUUGAAUCAAAAGAGAUGGAAUGAUGGUGAUGAUGAGUCCAAGAAGUUAUACUGUGUUUACGUUGCUGUUGGUCAGAAGAGAUCUACUGUGGCUCAGCUUGUUCAGAUUUUUGAACAGCAUGGUGCUAUGGAGUACACUAUCAUUGUGGCAGCUACUGCUUCUGAAGCAGCUCCAUUGCAAUACUUGUCUCCGUUCACUGCCUGUGCUAUUGCCGAGUGGUUCAGAGAUAACGGUAAGCACGCAUUGAUUGUCUAUGAUGAUUUGUCCAAACAGGCCGUUGCCUACAGACAGUUGUCCUUGUUGUUGAGAAGACCUCCUGGAAGAGAGGCUUACCCUGGUGAUGUCUUCUACUUGCACUCCAGAUUAUUGGAGAGAGCUGCCAAGAUGGCUGACUCUGAAGGUGGCGGUUCUUUGACUGCCUUGCCUAUCAUUGAGACCCAGGGUGGUGAUGUCUCUGCUUAUAUUCCAACUAAUGUCAUCUCCAUUACCGAUGGUCAGAUCUUCUUGGAAGCUGAAUUGUUCUACAAGGGUAUCAGACCUGCCAUUAACGUUGGUUUGUCCGUGUCCAGAGUCGGUUCUGCCGCUCAGGUUAAAGCUAUGAAGCAGGUUGCUGGUUCUUUGAAGUUGUUCUUGGCUCAAUACAGAGAAGUUGCCGCUUUCGCACAAUUCGGUUCCGAUUUGGAUGCCUCUACCAAGAAGACGUUGGUUAGAGGUGAGAGAUUAACCCAAUUGUUGAAGCAGAAGCAAUAUCAUCCAUAUGCCGUCGAGGAGGAGGUUCCUGUCAUCUAUGCCGGUGUUAACGGUUUCCUUGAUGACUUCCCUGCUGAUAGAGUUGGUGAGUUUGAAGCUAAAUACUUGGCUUACUUGAAGGCUAACCAUGCUCCUAUUCUUGACACCAUUAGAGAUAAGGGUGUUCUUUCUAAGGAGGACUUGGCUCAGUUGAAGAGCGCCUCUCAAGACUUUGUUGCCACUUUCUAA